GGAGUUCCUCCGCUAUCAGACCCGUUAACAGCAGUCGGCGUCGAGGCACCCGCUAUAACGUCUCUCACAUCCCCGGGUGACGGUGCUCGCCGUUCCUGACCUGUCCGGCCGAUGGGCCGCACGGAAAUCAGUGUCUACCGAUAGCCGGAACAUCGUUCUACGAGAGAUACGUCGUGUUUUUCGAAUAGAACCGCAGUGAACGUACAUUGAAAACAUUCCGAAACUGGAAGACGGUUGUCAUUUUACAUUGACGAUCGACCGGAGGGGUGGUUGAAGCUCGUCUCCGAUGAAACUGGACUGAUGAAGGGGUGGAGGAUCGGAGGUAUCGAAGGGGAACAGUGUCAGUGACAGGGAUCCGAGGAGAUUACGGACAGACGUGUUUUGUUGUUGGUAGAUUCUCGAGGAAGGAGAGGGUGUAUGGUUUUGUAUUGACACUCGGGUCGGUGGUGAUAAGACGGUCGCGGGUCCAGGGGGCGGAUGUCGUGUACAGUGAAGGCACUAUUGUUUUAAAAACGGUGAUCGAGCUAACCGAGCACGAUGAUGGAAGUACAGCAGCAACACUCGCCUGUAGGGGUGGGUCCUCUGGACUUUUCGCGCAGGGGUGUCGCCGAGGCGUCCGCUUUCCGCGUUGUCAAGCCGAAACAGGCGUCCGCGUUGGUGCAUCAACAAGCGCUGUCUCCGGAAGCGAAUAACAAUGAGAACCUGCAGGAGAACCCGCAGCUACCCGUGGAAACCGACGGCGGAUGCAACGUUCGUUUAAUGUUCCCCAGACUGUGGGCGCCUUUUGGGAACGCCGCGGAUGUCACGAGCUUGCCGUCUCUGUCCAAGAGUCAUUCAGAACGUCUUUCGUUCGGAGUGGGUCGUCUAGUCGGUUCGCCGGCAACCAGGAGUCCGUCGCCGUCUCACUCGCCGUGUCCAGACUCGCCGCCGUCGGAUCGGCGGGACGGCGAGGCGGACGUCGACGUCGAAGACGAAGAAGUGGACGUCGACGUGGAAGAAGUCGGCGACGAAGAUGACCGCGAUCAGGCGUCGAGUCCGCCCCGUUCCUCGCCGUCGCCGACGAGCAUCGCUACCUCGCCGGCCUCGAACCCGCCCAAGAAGUCCGGCGACACGUUCAGCGUCUCCGCUCUGCUGAGGCCUGACCCUCCGUCUGCUCACCUGCAGAACGCCUCACCCCAUCGGGACACCGCGUCGAUCGGCGCGCACCCUCCGCCGCCCGGCUCCACGAUGCUCUAUCCGCCCCUUCAUCUUCAAGGUGGACUGCUGCCGCCUCAUCCCCAUCAUCCCCUGUCGUACCUGCACCCCCAUCUGCUGCCUCAUCAUCUGUUACCCCCGCACUUGCACCCGCUGCUGCGAGGCGUCCACCCGGCCCACCCCGGCCUACACUCGACCCACACCGGCCACGGGCUGCAUCACACCCACCCGCUAGGCGAUGUUUACAGCUGCGUCAAGUGCGACAAGAUGUUCAGCACGCCGCAUGGUCUCGAGGUGCACGCAAGGAGAUCUCACAACGGCAAGAGACCGUUCGCCUGCGAGCUCUGCAACAAAACCUUCGGCCACGAGAUCAGCCUGACGCAACACAGAGCCGUGCAUUCCGCGGAGAAGGUGUUCGAGUGCAAGCAGUGCGGCAAGGGGUUCAAGCGUUCCAGCACUUUGACUACCCAUUUACUGAUACACUCGGACACGAGACCGUACCCAUGUCAGUUUUGCGGGAAGAGAUUCCAUCAGAAGAGCGACAUGAAGAAGCACACCUAUAUUCACACCGGCGAAAAGCCGCACAAGUGUCAGGUAUGCGGCAAGGCGUUCUCGCAGAGCAGUAACCUGAUCACGCACUCGAGGAAGCACACCGGCUUCAAGCCGUUCGCCUGCGAGCUGUGCGGUCGAGCUUUCCAGCGGAAGGUGGACCUGAGAAGGCACCGGGAGACGCAACACGCGGAUCUGAACGCCACGCAGCGGGCGCCGAUCACCUCGAUCCCGACGCAGAACUCUCUGCCCAACGGCAACCCGACGAUGAUGCAGUGAACGAGGCUCGAAUGAUCUUUUUCGAAAGCAACAGAACUAUGUGCGGAAGCUCCCUCCAAGAGGGAGCAUCGAAUGUUAUCCGGUCGUUAACCGGAAAUACGCGCGACCGUCGAACUCCUUCGACGCGAUCUCGUUGCCUCGGUCGAAGCGAGCGUUGCACGGACUGUAUUUAUUAUUUAAACGACUGGUUCCGCCGUGACGAGACGGCGGACGUACAUUCCGACGAUUUUUCGUUCCAGAAUGGUUGACCGCGAAUGGGAGGCGUGCAAUUGUUAACGCAUUGUUGAUGGAAGAUCGGCGUUUUCUAAUAUUCUCGAGUAUCGUUCAUUGGACACGGGAAUUAGCGUUUCUUACAUGACGAGCAUUAACGAUCGAAGAUGUUUAUUAGAAAUAUGAAGAAUAAUUACGCGAAGAUUAUUGUUUCGCUGCUGAAUUUUGAUACUGGGUCUCGCUUGGCGAGAUAGUUACAUUCCUCCGAAUAGGUGCACACCGUCGACAAUGCGUUAAUUGGAGUACAUUCCACGAGAAAGCGCGACACGUAGAGCGUCGGCGAGCUCUUUUCUCAGGCGGGCCGUGUUCGCGUUCGUCGACAUUUGUGUUCGAUUAUCGGUGAGUUCGGACAGUUCCGAGUUGUUUGAAUUGAGAUUUUCCUUCAUCUGUCCGAGGCAAUGUUUCCUGUCAUUGUUUCGCGGGACACGUUUUCGCGGAGAUGAGAAUGAUAUUGUGUAAAUUCCUUUGAAUACUCAAGCAGGUUUACGUAGAAUCGAUUAAGCGAUACACGCAGGGGGUUAAUGAUCCAGGACGACCGAAGGGAUUUCUUUGUUUCGCGAUGCUACUCUCCGUGUUGAAUCGUUGAUUAAAUAUCGAUAAUCACUGUACUUCUCUUAUUAAGUAGACAUUUACGCGAGACCGUUUCUCGGCGAUCCGUCGAGUUCACUUUGACAUUGUACUUAAUUCGAUCUCCAUUGGCGUGUAUUAUUUGCUGUAUAAAAUUCACGAAAUUCCGAUUAUUUUGAUCCAUUGAUUUCUCCAACGAAUAAUCGAAUAAUGGAACUCGUUCGAUCGUCGUCGAAAUGUUAUCGCGUAAGAAAGUACGGAGGACCGUACUGUAUUUUGCAUAUCUCGC